AUGGUCUCUGAACAAGCUCAUCUCCACAUUAUCAUUGCCGGUGCUGGCCUUGGCGGUCUAGCCGCGGCAGUCUCCUGCGCACUCUCCGGACAUACGGUAGAAGUAGUCGAGCAAGCAAAGGAGCUCGUCGAAGUCGGUGCAGGUCUUCAGAUAACUCCCAACGCCUCGCGACUUUUCAAGUACUGGCAACUUCCCAACUCCAUCUGGCAAGCCGCAGCUGAGCCCACGGCGCUCACCGUCCAUCGCUAUACUGGUCAGAUCCUCGCCAACGAACUCUCCUUCCACAAGAACAUCCGCGCAAAGUAUGGCGCUCCGUUCAUCGACCUGCACAGAGUAGAUCUACAGCAAACCCUGUAUGCCCGUGCGAAGGAGCUCGGCGUCACAUUCCAUCUCAACGAGAGAGUCGACUCGAUAGACUUUGACACAACAACGAUCAAAACCCUAGCUGGCAAUCAGUACACCGCUGACUUAAUCAUUGCUGCUGAUGGGCUCUGGUCCCGCUGCCGCGAGUGUUUCCUAGGGAAGAAGGAUGCGCCGCUCCCUACUGGCGAUCUGGCCUACAGAAUUGUGCUAGCUGCGGAUCAAAUCUCGGAUCCGGAGUUGAGAGCCUGGGUUGAGAACCCAGAGUGUCACUUCUGGAUAGGACCCGGUGCACAUGCCGUGGCCUACUCGCUUCGCAAUGGACGAAUGUUCAACAUUGUGCUGCUUGUGCCGGAUAAUCUGCCCCCGGGAGUCUCCAGACAGUCUGGCUCGGUGGAAGAAAUGCGGAAGCUCUUCGAAGGCUGGGAUCCAGUCUUGAAUCGCUUCCUGAGCUACGUCGACAGCGUGGACAAGUGGAAGCUGAUGCACCACGCCGAAAUGGAAACCUGGGUAAACGACAAGUCAAACUUGGUCUUCCUCGGUGACGCCUGCCAUCCCAUGCUCCCCUACCUUGCACAAGGCGCCAACUCGUCUCUCGAAGACGGCGCAGUCCUGGGCCAAUUACUCGGCCACAUGAAGAACAAAUCGCACCUACCCCAGAUCCUCCGGUUGUACGAGAGCCUGCGGAAAUCCCGCGGCGAGGCCAUUGUCAAGGAGACUUUCAAGCAGGUGCAGCCCUGGCUUUAUGGCUACGAUGCAAUCACAGAAGUUGAGAAUGUGGUUGCGCAGCACCCGGAAUUGUUCGCCAGGGCGUCUGCGAAUCUGUAG